UGCUACCUUCGUUACUUCGGUAUGAUAGCUAAUUUCACUUUUAAAUAACGAAAUGAUUGCAAUAGUAUAAAUGUAAUGGAACUAAAAAUAUUUUUGAGUUUUCUUACUGGUGUAUUUAGUACAGUCAGCGUUGCAGACAAAAAAGAUGUUGAAAACCGUAUAUAUUCAAGAGAUUAUCUUCCCGUAAAACCAGACAAUUUUAUGCAACAUCUGCACCAUCGUCGUCAUCAUCAUAAUGUUCAGCAAGCACAGCGAAGAGACAGCCUGGGGUUUCUUAAAACCUUUACUGAAGAAAAUUUUCACUUUAACAAAUUAUUUAAAGAAAAACUAGAACAACAUCGCAAUUUAAAAGAAAAAAAUUUUAUUGGUAGCACCAGGGCUAAAGUUGAGAAACGGAAACCUAUUUUAAUGGAAAGAUAUAAUGAAGCAGAAGACGAUGAUAAUGUUUACGACGAAGAUGAGAUGGCUGAAAUCAGCCAAAAUGAAAAUAUAGCUUACUCGCCUACUCGGCUACAAAAUUCAAAGAAAUACAAAUAUGGUGGUCGAAAUUACGGUUAUGGAAUAAAUGUAUAUGGCAAAAGAAAGCAAAAAGAAAUUGAAAAUAAAAUGCAAAAAAAUACCUUUAAAACUUCAAAUGAUGUUGAUGAAGCUUCAACAUCUGGUGAAGAAUUUGUAAAAACUGAUUCACAUAAAACAAUACCUCAAAACAAAAAAAUUCUAAAGAAAGAACAAAAGGUAUCAAACAAAAAGUUUUCGUUGCAAACACAAGAUUCUCAACACCUAGAUGUUCAACAAAUGGGCAUUCAACAACCUGGUAUUCAACAAACGGGUGUUCAAAACCUAGAUGUUCAACAACAGGGUGUUCGGAAACAUUCCAUGAGUACUCACUCGAGUUCUCCAAUGAAAAAUCUGGCGCAUAUUCCUAUUCUUCCAAUUUUACCUUUGCCAUUGCUUUACAGCAGCGGCGAUCAAGAAACAUCUGCAUCAUCAGGAACAGAUGAUAUAAAAUCAACCAAUGAGGUAAUUGAUAACGAACUUGAUCGUGCAAAAGUUGUUAAAGAAGUUGAUCGAGCAAGAGUUGAGUCUGGUAACGACGACCGUAAAAAAAGAAAGAAGGAAAAUCAUGUCAGUGGAGAUUGGGUAGAUAAACUACUUGCAGCCGAUCAGGAAAGUAAUGGAUUUGAUGAAGAUGACGAUUUUGAUGAAGAAUCUGAAGAAAUCAAACGGUUAGGGAAAAAUGUAAAUCAUGUUGAACAUAAUUCUUCGCAGCAAAAAACAUUUAACACAGUACAAGAGGUUUUAAACCCACAGAAUCAACAAUCUACACUUCAAUCUACACUCCAAUCUUCACUUCAACAGACUGGAAACAGUAAAUAUCAACAGGUUUUGCAGUUCAACGGUGAAAAUCGUUUUAGUAAUAGAAACGAUAACAUUGGUAAAACAUUUUCUGGAACUUCUAGCCAAUCAGUAAACAACCAAUACAAUUUUAACAGCAAUAAAAAUAAAAACGUUUCUCUAAUUGAAAAUAACAAUAGUGCAAACAAUCCACCAAACAACCAGGUAGCAAGUAACAUUGCAAGCAUUCAUGCUGAACCUUACUACACACAAAACAAUGUUCCAUCAGAGCAACCUUUUGCCUCACUACCUAUACUGUCCAGCAAACCUGCUGGGCCUUCUAUUGCUAACAAUAUUGUUUCUUCUCAAUUUCAGAGUGAUACUUCAUCAUCUCAAUAUUCAAGCAAUACUGUAUUGCCUCAAACUUCAAGCUACAUUCCAUCUCCCCAAGCCUUAAGUAAUAUAGUGUCUCCUCAAAUAUCAAGCAGUUCUGCUUUACCAGACUUAAUUAAAAACCAACCAUUUAGCCAAACAAGCUCUCAACAGUAUUUGUUUCCGCAAACCUUUAAUGACCCCAAUACAAUACCUUCUGGUACUAUACUUUCAUCAAAUGCUGCACAAUUUAAUAACAAUGCUCAACAGAAAUAUGAUCAAUCAUUUGAAAAUUUAACUUUAAAUCAAUUUAAUUAUCCUGGCGCGAGUAACCAAUUAAAUACUUACACAACAAAUGCUGAUAAACUUAUUGCUGACAACAAUAUAUGGAAGUCUUACACUAUACCUUUACUAGGAAAUUCUUCCACAAUUGAAAACGUUUAUAUAAUACCUCAAGGAAACAAUGCUAAUAAUGUCAAUUCUCCACAACUUCUAAGUGACUCAAAUAUAAAUAGCGUUACGUCUUCCAGUAUUGUUAACAAUUAUGGAGUGCAAAAUCCAAACAUAGUUACUUCUGAAGAUCAAAAUAUAUGUGCCUCAAGUUGCCCAAUACACUGCGCACCAAGUUGUGAUCAAGUUUGCUGUACUAAAGAUACUAUAGCCUUAGACCAGUCAUACAUUUCACCUUCAAUAAAAUAUCCGUCACCAAAACCUUUGUUUUUAUCUGAACUACAUGGUUCUCAUUCUCAGCCAAUUGGAGCGACGCCAAUAUUACCAAACAAUAAUGAAAUUAUCUCAGGUCCUAAUACGUUAAUCAAUAGACAACCCAAUGUGUUUGACUUAACUAAAAAUCCACAAAAUGAUAACUUAAUGUUUAUGAACGCACAAAAUCAAAUCUAUCCGUCACAGCCUUUGAAUCACGUGCCUGAUUUUGUUCAACAUGAUACAAAAGCAGUGCCAGCUAUUAGUGGUAACACCAAUAACGAAUACAAUCUGGCUCUUCAAAAAAAUAAUGUUAAUCAACAACUAACUAUGACACCAUUUGUUAACAAGUUUCAAGGAGCUAAUAUAAUGAAUCAGCAAUUUUCUAACAGUCCAAUUUCAAAUCAAUCUCCAACCGGCCAAGAAGGAAUUUUUCGACCUCUUGAUGAUAAAAAAACUACAUUUUCACUGCAACCAAUGAAGCCAUACUUUUUAAAAGUUCCAUCUUUAUCAAUAGUUCAUUUAAGAAAAGAUAUUGGGAGUGAAAAAGCGAAUAAUGUAAAAUACCCUAAUCCGACAUGCUUUAAAGGUUGCAGAACAAAUUGCCUUCCUCAUUGUUCGAACUACUGUUGUGGUGUAGCCACGAAAAGAAGCAGUAUUUCUUUAGGAAAAAAUAAAGCAGAAAAAAGAAUUUCUUAAAAAAAAAUUUUUAUAAGACGAUUUCAGUCUGAAUAAAAAAGUUCGAAAAAAGACUUCUUAAUCAUGACGUUCGAAAACAGAUUUCUUCUCAAUCAUGACGUUGAUUAUUGAUUGUAGAUUGAUCGAGAUUCUUAAAAACAGAUUGUUACUGAAAAGCAAACUCAAUCUUGACCAAAACAAUGAAAUUUUAUAUUGUGAAAUGAAAACUCAUAAUAACGUUGCGCAAAAAUUGAAUAAACCUCCAGGCUAAAAUGUUAAAUUGGACGAGAAAUACUAGAAAGAGAAUAUUACAUUAUAUGAAUUUCUGUAAUAUUUUAUAAUUAUGUAUAAUAUAUUAUACUUUAUAUUAAGAUAAAAAAUAUU